AUGGCUGAUUUUGAAUACGCUGAUAUCAAUCCUGCAAAUGAAUUGGAGAAAAGGAUUGCCGAUGCCUUUUUGAUUUUCGAUCAUCAUGGCAAUAAAACCGUAGACGUUCGAGAAAUUGGAACCAUAUUACGAUUUCUUGGAUGUGUACCCACUGAAGCAGAUGUGAAUGAAGUAAUAUCGGCAACAGAGUUUGAAGAUUCUAACGGAACGGUUCAUCUGUCCAAAUUUCUACCUUAUGUUAGCCAGCUGAUCGCGGAACAUAAGAUGGAGCCAGCACCUCCUGAAAAAUUGCUGAAGGCAUUCCGCGUUCUGGAUCAAGAAGGAAAGGGAUUUGUCGACAAGGAAUACAUGACCAAAUUGAUCACGGAGGAAGGGGAACCCUUCACGGUAGAAGAACUGGAGGAAAUGAUGGCAGUCGCAGUUGACAUGGCUACAGACAAAAUAGCCUACGAACUGUACCUUAACCAACUACUGCACGAACCUCCCGAUUCUAUAUAUGCACUUGCUGAUACCCUACGUAGUCGAAACAAUCGCUGA